CGCGGAACGUUCCGAGCGGAGGUUCCGCCUGAAGUAUGCGCGUGGAAGGGGCGCGCGGCGGCUGCGGCGGCUGCGACUCCUCCGACUAUGCAAUGGCGGUCGCUGGUGUUGGCGCUGCUGGCUCUGAGGCUAGCCGGGCAGGCGCUGCUGUGGCUGGCGGGCCCCAGCCUGGGUUUCUACCAGCAGCGCCUGCGGACCUUCUCCUGCAGCCCGGCCAAGGAAGGGGACGCCUCGAACGCGCGCUGCCUCAGAUCCGGUUUGGUGGCCCCUCACUGGGCCUCCUUCCUGGGCAGAGCCUGGGGAGGCAGUAGCGGCUACAUCAGUGGCGGCGAUGGCGCUUCUGCUGGCAGGGCCCUCGCGGGCGGCGACGGCGACGGCGGCGAAGCUGUGGACGACGAGUACGAGCAGCGCUACAGCCGGGCCUUCCCCGCUCAGCUCCGCACGCAGCUCCGCGACGCCGCCCGCGGCAUGUUCGUGUUUGGCUACGACAACUACAUGGCGCACGCUUUCCCUCAGGACGAGCUGAACCCCAUCGAGUGUCGCGGGCGGGGGCCAGACCGAGCAGACCCUUCAAAUCUGAAUAUCAAUGAUGUCCUGGGAAACUACUCGCUUACUCUGAUUGAUGCAUUGGAUACCCUAGCAGUAAUGGGAAAUUCUUCAGAAUUCCGGAAAGCAGUGAAGUUGGUGAUCGACACAGUAUCAUUUGACACAGAUUCAACUGUUCAGGUCUUCGAAGCCACAAUUAGGGUUUUGGGAAGUUUACUUUCAGCUCACAUAAUAAUUACAGAUGCAAGGCAGCCUUUUGGUGAUAUGACCAUUAAGGGCUAUGAUGAUGAGCUCUUACAUAUGGCUCAUGACCUGGCAGUGAGGCUGCUGCCUGCUUUUGAAAACACCAAAACUGGAAUUCCUUAUCCUCGGGUAAAUCUAAGAACAGGAGUUCCUUCCGGCAGUAACAACGAGACUUGCACUGCAGGAGCUGGAUCCUUAUUGGUGGAAUUUGGAAUACUUAGCCGGCUUCUUGGAGAUUCAACUUUUGAAUGGGUUGCCCGCCGAGCUGUGAAAGCUCUCUGGAGUUUACGAAGCAAUGACACUGGGUUAUUAGGCAAUGUUGUGAAUAUUCAAACUGGUCACUGGGUUGGAAAGCAGAGUGGCUUGGGAGCAGGAUUAGACUCUUUCUAUGAAUAUCUUUUGAAAUCUUACAUCCUUUUUGGAGAAAAAGAAGAUUUAGAGAUGUUCAACGAUGCAUAUAGGAGUAUUCAGAACUACUUACGGCGAGGGAGGGAAGCCUGCAAUGAAGGUGAAGGGGACCCACCUCUCUAUGUUAAUGUUAAUAUGUUUAGUGGGCAGUUGAUGAAUACCUGGAUCGAUUCUCUUCAAGCAUUUUUUCCUGGUCUUCAGGUUUUGAUAGGUGAUGUAGAAGAUGCUAUUUGCCUACAUGCAUUUUAUUAUGCAAUAUGGAAACGAUAUGGAGCUCUUCCAGAGAGGUAUAACUGGCAGUUACAGGCACCUGAUGUCCUUUUUUAUCCACUGAGGCCAGAACUAGUAGAAUCUACAUACCUUCUUUAUCAGGCCACAAAGAAUCCCUUUUACCUUCAUGUAGGAAUGGAUAUUCUUCAGAGUUUGGAGAAAUACACAAAAGCAAAAUGUGGCUAUGCUACUCUGCACCAUGUCAUAGAAAAGUCCAAAGAAGAUCGGAUGGAAAGCUUUUUUCUCAGUGAAACAUGUAAAUACUUGUAUUUGCUAUUUGAUGAGGAAAACCCAGUGCACAAAUCAGGCAAUAGGUAUAUGUUUACCACAGAAGGCCACAUCGUGUCACUGGAUAAACGUCUUCGUGUUUCACUGUGGCAAGAUACCUUCUCUGAAGAACAGAAGAAAGAUGAAAAGCAGAAGCCUAAUGAACUAAAAGCAGUUAACUCCAGUUCAAAUUGCAACAGAGUACCAGAUGAGAGGAGAUACCUGCUGCCUCUGAAGAGUAUUUAUAUGAGACAGAUUGAUCAGAUGGUGGGCUUGAUCUGAACAAGGCCUGACAUUUCUGAAAGAGUGGACGGCAACAUGUUGUUCUGAAGAUGGUUCCUCAAAAGCUACAUUGCUUAUAGCAGCUGCAAGUGAAGGACUUGGUUCCUUUGGUUGAAACAGGGAUCCUAUGCUAGAGAGCAGUUGUAACUGAGAUAUAUAGUAAAAAGCGGCACAUUCAGUCUAAUGUGAGCUAAAUUCUUAUCUGUGAAACUUAAGAGUUCUUAAGGCCAAAAGUUCUUAGUUAAAAGAGCUCUAAAAAGAAAAAAAGUGCACAUGAAUUGUGCCAGAUAUGCUACUUUGCCACCAUCUCUUAUUUAGGAUCUAAAUGAGAAUGUUUGGAGAGAACUUAUAAUUUUAAAUUUAUUUCCAAAGUAAGAAUAAAAACUUGGGUGGGGGAAAGAAAAGGGAAUGUGCAAUUUUACUCAUCAAGCUUGUUUAUUUCACUAGCAAUAAACAGUACUAAUUAUUGCUCAGGUAGGAAAAUAUCCAUAGGUUCUUGUUUACUCAAAAUGUCUUGCUGAAAAUGUCCUAACUGAAAUGCAACUUGUAAUAUCAACCAUGGUAUUGCAUCACUGUGUUCAGGACUAACAUCUAGGCUGAUGUUGAAAACAGUGUUUUUAAUUUGAAUGGCAUAUUCAAGGUGUGUGGAGUUUACUAGUUUCUGAAACCAGAAAUUUUAAACCAGGUGCCUUGUAGUAGGUAUAAAUGCACAAAACCACUCAUCUCAGUGAUGACCUUGCAUUGCUGUUUUGAAGAUAUUCACAAUAUUCUUCUGCUUAAAUUUAUCUUCUGUUUUGUGCCUCUCUCGGAGAUCUACUGAACUGAGACAGAAUCUUAGUAUUUACAUUCCUUGUAGUUCUAAUAUGCAGGCUUUUGGAUCUAGUGCCUUCUUACUUUGUCACUUCACAGAGCCAAGACUUUUAGCCCUUUUUUCCUCAAGACAUAACCUUUUUACUAACUUAAAACAAUCUUACACUGAACAUAAAUAACAUCCCAAGUAGUAUUUGAGGGUUAUACACUCUCUUUCACACCAAAUGAGAAUUGAGUAUUUUAUAGGUGUUUGCAGCCCCUUCUCUGGACAAGUAUUUUUUAUAGCAGAGGAGGUGAAGCAGAGUUGAUUCUCAGAGAUGUUCCGGCCUUUGCUUCCCAUUUCAGUUGUGACAGAUGUUACCUGUCUUAAGGUAAAUGUUUUGGUGCCUCAUUUUGAAGCAACUUUGAGCACAAUAACUAAAAUGGGUGUGACCCUAAGGUUUUGUUUCUGAUCAAUAAAGCCUCCCUUCUCCUUCUAGUCAUCUCUUCAGACCUCUGUUUUUUCCAGGAGAUAAAAGGCUUGACAGUAGUAUCCACAUUCCUUUAUUACAGAGUAUAAUCUAAACAUUUUUAGGACUGUUUUUCAGUAGUUGAUCAAAUAAAAUUAAAUGCAUAAACAUUUUCCUUUUUGAGAUAAUUUAGAUCACAUCUUAUAAAUAAACAUAUAAAUACUCUGUUUUAUUAGAUAUUCAAUCUGAUAAUUCAUAGAACAGGCAUUAUUCUCCUAAGUGUAUUCCAAGUUAACCACCUAAUAUUUAUUAAAUAAAUAAUUAGGACUUGCUUAAUCUCUUUGGCAAACAAAUGAAUCUCAGGGAUCUCCAAGUUCGCUUCUGUUUGCCUCGCAUAUUUUGUGUUUUACUCGUAUUUCCUUCCUAUUUCCAUGAUAAUGCCAUUUCUUCGAAAGUUAGCAGAUCAGAAUCACAAUACACAGUGCUAUAAAAACUAUCAUACCGAGGUGAAUGAAGCUAGGUUUUAAUAACUUUUCUUUUUUUCUUUUCCUGAAAAUACAUCUACGAUGUUUGAUUCAUGAAUUAGAGAUCAAGCAAAAUUUCAGGAGUUGUAUAUCCCAAGUUAUUAGGACAGUGCAGGUGAUAAAAAUGUAUGUGUUGACGGGGAGCAGUUUAGGAUAGGCAUGUCUGUCUUCCCUAGAAUAAUGAACACAGGAAGAAACAGGUAAGACAGAAGAACUGACACUUCAGAGUAAUGGUCUUUUAGUGGAAAACUUGAACUGCGAUCCAAAGAAUUUUAGAAGUCCAUUUUUAUAAAGAUGAAUCCCAUCCUUGGUGAUUCAUCACCAAUUGCUUUUGAAGCUGAGGAGACUUUUAAAUGCACUUUAGCAUUGGGAUGAAAAACUCAUGCUUUCUUGGGAUUACGGCAUUCAUUUCAUAGUUUUUGGGAUCCAGGCCACAGUACACUCAAAAUGUGAAAGAAGGUGCAAACCAAGACAGUUCAGUUCACCUCUGCUGUAAUCAUGUUGUCAGAUGAAGAAAUGUGGUCACGAGGAGCAUGUACAUAAUUAAUGCAUUCUGCUGGGUGUGUAACUAGCAGAUCCACAUUAGCACAUACAACUAUGUAGACUCUUCAAUGAAGAUUGUAUGUCUUGCUUCUCCAAUUAGCAAAGCUUGUGCCUAAUAAAAUGUUAAGUAUCAAAAUGGGGGCUUACAGUUUGGAAUGUUUUGCUAAAUAAUACAUUUGAAAUAUACCCCUCCUCCCACUUCAAAAGGUAAAGAGCUUUCCUUUAAUCAGGCUAAUGCUAAGUUCCAAAUUGUGAGUUUCCUGGGAACUUCCAGAAGAAAUGUACUUCCAGUGGAAGUAAUAUACUCCUUUCCAUGCAAUCAGCUAGCAUUUUAAUCGUUUUAGUACAGAUAAAAAUGCAAAUGGAGAAGGCUGUAUCUUUCCUUACAGCCAGUGUUUGUAGGUGCUAAUAUGUACUGUGAUCAUUCCAAAUGGACAUUUGACAUAUUGGCUAAGAUUGCACUAAAACUGUGGAGUUAGGGGGAACUAGAUCAAGCUUACAAGUAAAAGAAUUGUCCAGUUUCUCUCAAAUGUCCAGUUUCUCUUAAAGUUCAGUUGAAUUUUAGCAAUGCUAUUCUGUAAAAUAGCUCUUUCGUUCAUGAAAAGUGACUUAAUUUGUUCUAUUGCAAAAUUAGUGUUAAGGCCAAGUCUAAAAUGUUGCUUGGAUAAUUUGCCAAUUCAUAUAACUAGACUGAAUUUCUCACCAUGAUUGUGCAAUACAUGUUUUCCAUGCUUAACAUGGCAUUGUUACAGAACGUAUUUAAUAAGGUGAUGAACUUAAGGUUUAUAAAGAAUCAGAUGUUCUGAGAAAUGUAAAGAUUUUAAAAUGAAUAGAUUUUACAUAUAAUUUGUAUUAAAGCACAAUUUCUUAAA